AAUCACUCAAGUGCUGGCGCAACGCCACCCAAACCACCAAACAGGAAUUCAAACUCGGAACCACACAGCGGCAUUUCACCAGCCAAUGGAAAGACGUUCAGCGGUGCGAUGUGUAUGCAGCGUGAUAAGUGUGAAGGGUCAUAACCAGGACUGUAACGCAGUUAGCUCAUUAACACAAUCUUAAACAUCGACGCACACUGAAACGUUAUAGAAACAUAGCAUACGUACUGAAGUGCGGCCUAAUCCCAACGAAUUGAGAUUUGCGCCGCCUGUUGCUUACUACAGGAAGAAGACCCUGGGCGUUCCUAACGGAAACAAUUUUCCGCGAAGCACACGCGCGCACACGUAGAUGUUUGACUGAUCAAAAGCAGUAUUCAAUAUUAAACAUUUUUCUUUUGUUGCAUUUAUCACAACCAUAACAAAGCAGUUUAGAUUUUAUGUGGACCCAGCGUGAAAGCGCUUAAUGCUGGCAACUUACAACGCAUCCGCGAACCCAGCGUUCUGCAUACGUCAAAGAUUAUUAUACUUUUCUCUCGUUGUGUGGCGCCUCCUGUACCGUUGAGCGUGCAUUCUGUAACUCAACGCCUGACGGAGCUCCCUAGAAAUCCGCAUUGCCUGCACCGCCAAACAUGUUUCGCGUUACAUCUACGGUUACGCGGCAACAAACCACUUGAACCACAUAGAUAAGUCAAGAUAAGCAUUUCAAGCAAACAUGCUAGUGAGCGCGCAUCCUCCGAGAGGGACGAACGGCGCAGUCUGGCUGCAAAUAACUGCGAUCCUUCAUUUUAUCAUCUACGGCGAAGCUAGCCAGGCCGUCUUGAAAGAUGCACCCGUGGUCACGCCAUUCAGUUUCCCGGCGGACCUCUCCGAAGGGUCCCCUGCGCAAGUUUUUUGUGCUAUUUCAAAAGGGGCCCUCCCAGUGUAUUUCACAUGGCUCAAAGAUGGGAAGACCGUCAGCGGAGACAACGUUAAGGUCACCACAUUCGAGAGAUACUCUGUGCUUCAGGUCUUGCAAGUGUCCGCUGCUGACGUCGGAAACUACACCUGCUUCGCGAAGAACUUGCAGGGCAGCGACAGCUACUCAGUCAAGUUGGAAGUUAGAGCACCUCCGCGUUGGUUGCGGGUGCCCACCGACGUUUCAGCUUUGCUCGGAAGCGAGGCCAGACUGUCCUGCCCUGUUGCCGGCUAUCCGACUCCCAAGGUGACCUGGCACAAGAUGACAGAUGGGAAUCGGGCUCGGCUGGAAGCGAGCCAGUCUCUGACGCUCGACCCCAGCGGCGCUCUCGUCCUGCACAGCGUGCAGCCUCGGGACCGCGGCGUGUACCUGUGCGAGGCCGACAACGGAGUCGGGGAGCCCAUCACGAACCGAGUCAGGCUCGCGCUCAACGUGCCGGCGAGGUUCGAAGAGAAGUCGACCGUGGUGACCGCCCGGCGGACCGAGGUGACGCGGAUGAAGUGCCAGGCCACGGGCGACCAGCCACUCUCCAUCGCCUGGUCCAAGGGCAGCGUCAAGCUGGACAAGAGAACCAGCGCCCGGUACGAGGUGUUCGAAACGCUGACUCCCGACGGCCUCAUCUCCGAGCUGGUGAUCCGUGACACGGACCGCAGCGACGGCGCCCUCUACACGUGCCACACGCAGAACAAGUACGGCAAGGACGACAGGAAGGUCAAGCUCAUCGUCCAAGAGGUGCCGGGUCCUCCGCAGGAUGUGCGCCUCAAGGACGUCUGGAGCCGAUCGGCGAGCGUGUCGUGGUCGCCAUCAUACAGCGGAAACAGUCCGAUCUCGAAGUACGUCGUCCAGUACUGGAGGGACCACGGCACGGCGCACAGGUUGCACGAACUCGAGGUGAUCGGCUCGAUGACGUACACCAUGGUCCGCGAGCUUCUUCCGGGCACCGCCUACGUGCUCAACCUCGUCGCCGAGAACGCCAUCGGCCGCGGGGAGCCUUCGAGAACCGUCGUCUUCCACACCGGCGAAGAAGAGCCUGAAGCAGCACCUGUCGACAUUCUGGUGGAGAUGAAAGGACCUUCAACUGUGUACAUAUCUUGGAAGGCACCGCCAAGGGAGCACUGGAACGGCCAUCUGCUGGGCUACUACAUCGGCUACCGGCCCGGGGACACGGAGUCCCCGUUCUCGUACCGGCGAGUAGAGGCGUCGCCAAACAACGCCAGCCACGAGUACCUGCUCGGAGGCCUGCAGCGCGGCACCGAGUAUUUGCUCGUGCUCAGGGCGUACAACAGCGCCGGCUCGGGACCAGCCUCGCAGGAAAAGACCGUGCGCACCAUGGACGGAGAUGUUCCCGAAGCUCCGCGGCUUUUCGUGACUGGAGUGACCGCUGAUAGCAUGACGCUCCGGUGGGUGAUCAGGUCCAGCAGCGACGUUACAGGCUUCAACAUCCACUACAGGCAAGAAGGCGGCACGUGGCUUGAACUCCCGAUCGUCAACACAGCCAACAACACGUACACGCUGACCAACCUGCACCCGGGUUACGUGUACCAGGUCUAUGUGACCGCCUCCAACGUGCUGGGACGUGGCGACCCGAGCGCCAUACUUUUGGUGAAGACCGAAAGUACCGCGUCGGGACACGAAAGCUCGGCCAUCGAGAACAAGCAGGCGGACGACGAGGUGCCCAUCUACAUGGACAUGGCCAUCAUGAUUCCAGCGGGCGCCAUCUUGCUAGCCGUGCUCGUCAUACUCUUCAGCACAUGCAUCUGCAUCCGAAAGAUGAAGAGCACGCCCCGACCAGUGCCAGAGAUCAUGAGGUACGACCCAGCGACCCUCAACACGGGAACCAUGAUGUCCCAGAGGUACGUGGAGAUGGAGAAGAUGUCCGAGCAGGACGCACCAUUCGCCACUCCGUACGAAGGAGGCACCAUGCGCAACGGCACAGAGCUGAGGGGCACGCUCAAGGAACGCCAGGAGAUGAAGACAUACGUGCCCAAGCACCCGAUGAAGGACCGACCGCUGCCUCAUCCCGAACAGUCUCCGCUGCGGAUGGACGAAACUUACUACGACAGCGCGCAGUGAUCGCCGCCCCGACGCGACAACGAGGCCCGAAAUAGACGCGGUCCCCUCAAGCACAUUCCCCUGUUCGAACGAGCGGGCACAACCGCGGGCCGGGGACGCGUGAUCAAGACAACUCUCCGCAGUCGCCUUCAAUGAGCUGCGUGACGACAAGCGCCGGACCUCGCCCACAUCUUCUCCUUCGUGAACGCACGAAGGCGACAACACGACCAGACACCAGGGUUGCAGCCCAUGGUGGCUGGCCCACGUGCUCAAGAGACGUGCGAGCUGCACGGACGCGUCGAAUGUGUGUAUGUGUGUGUGUUGUGUGUGAGUGCGUGGCGCGCGUGCGGGAAAGACGCAGCGUCGUGCCAGAGUGGCACACUUCCUCGCCAGCUGUGAAACCGCGUGUGCGCGCACUCGCUGGCCGAAUGUCUUAAAAAACCGGCGUUCUGGAUCCUAUUCCACGCUCCUGGCACAGACAUAGGUGCUGCGCCUAGGAGUGUCUAACAUGGCGUAGGCUUUGAAGGAAUACUGUAGCAACGGAUGCGCGCGCUACAGGAGUUCUAAUCUUGACGGCAAAUUGCUUAAUGUUUCGUGGCGUCUUUGUUCCAUGGCGGCACUAUAUACCUGCGCUUUCAUAAUAAUAUUACUAGAAGACGUGGCCCUAAUGUCUGCGGGAGUUGACAGUGCGGCAAUGCAGCUAUAUCUCGAUCACGGACAGUUCAUGAAUUGUUCUCUCGUUACGAGUUGGUUUCAAACGUAUUUACCUUUCCUUCUUUCAAGGCUUUUAUAACUCAACUGUGCUCCAGGAAUCGGACGGCUACAGUUAAUUUUAUCUCUGCGGACGGCCCUCGGACAGUUUUUCCAGCUCCCUGGGGAAAAAAGUAUCGCUUAGCACAUCGGAAAAAAUUCACCUAGGGACGCUGUUAUUUUCCAGAUCUAGCCCACCAGGUAUAUAGGCUCCCGUUACCCAUAUCUAGCCGAACACACAAGAACGAAUGGCGGGCAUUUAUUUAAUACGCUAAUGAUUGCCAUGAAAUGUGCUCGCUGCAAAUGCCACUAAAGAAAUUGUACAAAGGCAAAAAAAACUGAACUCAGAAAAAAUAACCACAGAUGUGAUAAAGUAAGAAACCAACAGCAUUAGAGACCCCGACCAUAAGUAGUUCUGAGGCACUUGAUCGUGACCAUGUCAAGAAAAUUAAUAUUCGUGUGCGAUCCGUGACUUCCAUCGCAAAGAACGAUUGCAGUGCCAUAUACUGCCAUCUGCCAACUUUUGUUUACAAAUCAACUGGUAACAGAGCACUAUACGAAGUAAUGGAACGAGCAGCCAUUAGCUAUCAGCUAAAAUUACUGCACCGAACCGCAUCCGCAAGGCAUUUUACACAAUAUACAGUACGCUACAUGCUUCACUUGCAUGCUAGUUAUGUGCGCGUGCUACACUAAUUUACCCUAUUCUAAAUUUAUGCCUACUUCUCGUCGGAAGAAUACGUACAACUGCCCUUGUGCUCCGUACUCAGAACUGCGUAACUCUGGAGUGAACACAGCAAUCGUGCCACCCCUCUAGCUCAUUUAAAGGAGUCGCGCACCACGCAAGCGACACCGCGCAGCCUGGCAACAGUCAAGCUCAGGCGCGGAAGUCACCUACAUAAUCUCGAAUCAGGAUGCGGAUUUGUGUUCCUGUUCACACAUUCACAGAGAAAGCAAAUCAGUUACUCUGAGCUUUCGGAACAUGCAUAUAUUGGCUGCUGGUUCCUUUGGCAAUUGCUCUUACUAAACAGCCACCACGAACCCUUUGCCGUUCAACGUUCCCGUCGUCUCACUAGUUAGUAAAGUGAUACCACAGAAGACUUGCUCAGAGCGCACCGACACUUACAAGACGGACAGUUGCUAUCGAGAGAUGCUGGAGCCGUAUAGGUGACCCUUCAAGUGCUGCACCACGCUGCACACCCAAGUUGCAGCGUGGAAGUUAAUUCAUACAGCUCAUGCGUCGCGCGCCUUUUGUAAGGCACUGUUAUAGAUAUCUGAACUACGCCCUGCAGUGAGUGCGUGGCGAGAAACCGCGAUAGUGAAACGUGGACGUUACUAGUCCUCCUAAGAAAUGGUUAUCCGUGAGAUGCGGUCGCGAAGAGACGAGACUCGACGAUAGAAAGUUUUAGGAACAGCGCUCCCAGGCGGCUCAGCACACUCAACGUGUUGUAUCAGCGACACUACGCGCGUGCGGAAUCCGACUUCGGUUUAGGUUCUUUUAUGAAAGGUGGUUAGCGUAGGCCGCCGUCAGUUCACCUAUUUCUAGGAUUAUCCAAUAGUCAAGGCAGUAUUGCGUUUCGGAGCAGCGCUAUAACGGUUACUUUGAAGAAAUCAGCAACGGGAAAACAAGCGGAUUUUGGUUGGCACUAAACGUGUCCAUGAUGUGAAGCUAUGACGACACAGACUGUAGUUAUGCAAGGAAAGUGACCUCUUCUCCGCUGAAAGCAUCCUUGCUAUGACCAGUACCUACGAAUUUUAUAAUAUGAAAUGCCGAUGAGUCACUAGGCAGCGGUAACUGUAAUUACUUGUCCAGCCUCUUUUCUACUUACCUCGAACGUUUAGACACUAGGCAGAGGUUCGAAACGCCGCCAUGUACCCACUGGCAUUAAAUCUGCCAGAAGACGCAGUCUAGUCAUAUAUAGUUGUACGUGUUUUUGUAUCGCCCGCGCUUAUACGAGCAGCUAUAGGUUCCACAAAUUAUAAUCGCACUUCUCGUGCAGCGUACUAAUGUCGUAGAAUCGCCAACACGCCUUUUUGUUGUCGUUACUCACAAGGCAAUUUUAUCGCCUACUCGCGCUUACCUCGAAUCGUUGGUCCGUACAUCCGUACAGCACUGGCUACAUUUAGCACCUUUUUAGCACACAUUGCUGGGUACACCCUGUCUACACCAUUACCACACUGCACAGCUGACCAAAGUGAGAACCACUCGCAACGGUCAGUGACUACCGCUCCACACAACGCGAAACCCGUUGAAACCAGAAGCGUUGAGGCAGGGAGACCCCUGCAGAUAAUGGCACAUUCCUUCUGAAUGUAUUGCACAUGCAUGCAUGUCUCAGUAACCGAAAUUGUGACCGCAGGACAAAUUCCCGUUGUGGUUCCUCUCUAUUACACAGCCGUACAAGGACACGGCUAGUCUACACUCGUCUAGCGCAACCAGUCAACACAUACCAUGUCAGCAUUAAACUCUUGCUUACGGGCGCAUUACAGAGCACCUUCUUCUUAUCAAUAAAUUAAUAAAGAUAGCUUGCCCACGCGGAUUCAGUCGAAACCGGAGAAAUAAAGGAAGCAUGCUCUUAACUCGCAAAAAUGUCGCAUUUCGAAAAAAGAAGAAUAACGAAACGAGACGGCACACCAAACAAGCUACACUACAAAACAGGGUUCUAAGGAAGGGUUACACAAGGUACCACACAAUCUGUGCAACAGUUUGCAGCAGGCAUUUACAAACAUCAGCACAAGAAAACACGGCACUGUCAUACAUUAAAAUGGAAGAACAGAGCCUCAGUCCGAAGCCAACGUUUCGGCUGCAAGAGUACCAGUGUUCGUUUAGGUCCUGACAAACGAGAAGUAUUCCUAUGCGAAACCAAAGGCCUUAACGUAGACUAGUCCUCUUGUGUCGAAGCAAUGACCUUAACGAAGACACAUCGUCCCCUGUUGAAACAAUUUUCUGCCUGCUUUGUCAUCAUUUAAUUCACCCAAUUCCGAAUUUAUAGCGCAUCCGCACUUAGCUUGGAAUUUUAGUGCACGACAUUCGAAAGCUUUUCGCGCCAACUUUGACCUUCAAUUGUGGGGCCAACAUGACAGGGUAUAUUGCGGCAUUCGUGCGGCUAAGUACGAACUCAAGAAUCUCGUUUACAUACAGUGGCUUGCUCUUCAAGAGAAAAUAGCUGUGACCAUACACCUUUCUUUUAUGAUUUUAUUUCUUUUUGUACUUUCCGUCGAAUGACGGCUUAUUACAAGCUUUCGCGCGACCAAAACGCAUGCGCGUCGCUUCAUGCUGAGUGUGCCAUAACAAAACUUUACGCACAAAACAGGCCACACAAACACAAGAACUUCCGAUCGGUGAACAAGGAUGGGUACACGUUAGACAUCAUUAACUCGUAUCGUGAGUCUAGAUAUAGCAAAUACUCUCUUCGAUACGCGGUACGAUGCGCAAAGGUCGAAGGCGAAAGCGUAGCAAGACUUUAACAAAGCGCAGGCAUCGCCUGUCACAAUGCUUGGAGACAGCUCCUGGAGAGCAGCUCCAAGUACACGCUCACAUGCCCAUUAAAUGUACAAAAAGAAGAAAAACAAACAAACAACGAUUUGGCGGUAUCGCAGUGUACCUCUGUUACUGUGGAGCUUUUCCGCGUACUGCACUGCGCGGCUCGAUCAUCAGAGACACGGAGACAUUCCAACGAAAACAAACGAGCAUUUCAUUGUAUAUCGUGAUACAAUAAACCUACUUAUAGUGUUCA